AUGGAAACAAAACGUAAAAUCAGACGAAGCCGCAGCCUUAGUGACAUUCUCAAAGUCUGUAUUCCAAACAUUGUGGAAAAGGAGAACAAAGAAAUAUGUAAAGAUGAAGAAAAGUCUGUAAAGGCAACCGAUUGUAAUGGCAACGAGCAAAAAACAGUUUCUCUUGGAAUCAAAGAAUUGUACAAAAAGAAUGCAACUAGUACGACAAAUGACGUGGCUAUAGCUGCGUCAUCUCACGUUAAUAACGAUCAGUCAAAGGCUCUACUAACAGCAACAGGGCCACAAAAAAAGAAACCAUCUCGGAAGUCGCACAGACGAAAACGCCGUGCUACACUUGCUGACUUGUCUUGUAUCGAUAUCCUAAAACCUAUACCUGAAAUGCAAGAAGAGGAGGACGAAUUCAAUGCCCUUAGUCAGACAAAUUUGUUGUUUCAAAGACAAUUUUGUAAGGACAGUAAAGUUGAUCAAAAUGACAUAGGACAAGAACCAAGAGAUGUUGAUGAUGAAAGUGGGUCGGGACAAAGGCAGUCGUGGCGGGAUGAGGUGCGAAAGGAGAUGCAGCAAUGGAGAGAUGACUUUGAAAAACUGCCGUAUCCAGAGAAUACUCACAAUGAUAUACGUCCCCUUAAUGGAGCAAACGGUGAAAGUUUCGAACUACGCAUUGAACCAUCGAAAGAAAAGAGUGACCCAAAUAGAACAGAUUUAAACGUCGAAGAACAGGAUGCACAAGAUGAUUCAGAUGAGGACAACGAUGAAGAUGUCGAGAGUAUGGAAUUGAAAGAAGCGCUGUCAAACUAUGAGAUAGCAUACAAUGUAAACGAAGAUGAGAAUACCAAUAUUUUUGAACGUUUACAAACGAAUUAUAAGAAAAAUAGACAACGUUCAGAUUCGCUUUCUUCUCUCACUACUAAAAGUUCUGGAUCUGAAAGGUCAUCGUCAUCAGUAUCUCCUGUCGAUGAAAAGCUACUACAUGAGAAAAUGCAAACAGUAGAAGCUCCAAAACGCAGGCGAAGAUUCAGUACUAGUGACUUACACCUGAGGUGUCUGCUACACGCGUUACCAUCAAUUAGUGAAGAAGGCAAGAAAAAUAGUUUCUCUUCAUCUGGAUCAAGUGAUAGCAAUGAAAGUAUACCUGCUACAGAUCUGAUGAGAAGACGUUCGGGUAGUUUGCCAAAUAUUUUAGCCUUCAGACAAGCUAUAAUAAUCAAACCACGAAAUGAUACUAAAGUAGACGGACCUAAAAAAAAAAUUGAUGAGGAGGAUGACAGCUCUCACAAACAACAGAUCAAACCUGAGCAUCGUGAAGUAACGUCGCUAGAUCAACCUCAGUUGACGCCAAAUGCAACUGCUUCCAAAACGUCGAAUAGAAGAAACAGCAUGUCUGUAAUCGAAGACGUAAGACAGAAAAGUUUAACUGAUCCUGCUUCUGCACAAAACGGUGAUUUACCAGAUUUUCCAUUGAGUAUCGAAAAGAAUGUUAGUAUUUUAGAAAAUGGCGUUACAAAAGGUUCCAUUGAAUCAAAAAACCUUGUGAAGGCUUUGGGACAAAAGAUGAGAGCCUCCAUACGAAGGCGGAAUUCUAUAGCUUCGUUAAAGCCCUGGACAGGAAUAGUUGAAAGAUCAUUAAGAUUAUCCUUUCCGCUUCUCAUGGAUGAAGAGAAUGAAGACGGAACGAAGGAUAAGGUGGAGGAGAUCCAAAAGAAAAACACUAACUCAGAAGCUGAUUAUAAGUUAUUUUUCUCUGGGCAUUGUAAGAAUCAAAAAAAAGAUAAUGUAAGUGUAGUCAAAGGAGAAAAUUUACCAGAUUGUCAAUUACACCAAGAUUUUACAACAUCAGCCACCGGCAACUGCCUUGUUUCAGGACUUGAAUCACAGCAAAGCAGAAAUAGCGCGUUCACCCAACAGAAAAAGCGUUAUGGAGCUGACAAAGAAAAGGAUCUUAAAACAGUCGAACAAAUUUUCGAAGUUGUAAAGAAUGAUCACAAGAAGAUAAAUGAAAGCCUCACUGGAGAAGAAUUAGAAGCACCAGCAAAAACGUCUUUAUUGUCCAAAAGUGCAAACGAGAUGCUCCAAAGCAGAGUUUCGACAUUUUCCAGACGUUCUUCGGUGAAAGAAAUACCAGUAUCAAAACCUAUGAAAGUCCUAAAGUCAACGUCCAGUCAAAAAGGCACUCUACCUCCGGAAUCGCCCAAAUUAGAGAACAAGAGAAAAGUACCAGUAGGAAGAGCCUUAUCUAAUCCAUUACCCAAGACUUCUCCUAGCGUAAAUCGUCCUUCAAGUCCUUUAGCUUUUUAUGAGAAGAAUCAGGGCAUGAAGCAAGAGUCCUUAUCUUCAUGGAGCGUAAAAGAAAAACUUGACAAGGAAAGACCAGCGAAAACAUCUUCUAGUACUCGUCCUUCAAGUCCUUCCGCUUUUUAUGGGAAGAAUCAAAGCAUCAAACAAAAGUCCUUAUCUUCAUGGAGCGUAAAUGAAACACUUGACAAGGAAAGACCAGCAAAAACAGCUUCUAGUACUCGUCCUCCAAGUCCUUCUGCUAUCGUCACCAAGAAAAAGGGCGCGAAACAAGAGUUGCCAUCUUCAAAGAGCACAAAUGGAAAAGCUGAUGCCAAAACACCUUCAAAUCGUCCGCCCAGUCCUUCGAAUAUUACAAGGACUAAUCAAGGCAUAAAGCACGAGGUGGCAACUUCCAAUAAUAGUAGAGGAACACUUGCUAAAGCAUCUCUCAGUCGUCCUCCAAGUCCUUCAGCUUUGGCAAGGAAGAAUCAGGCCAUCAAGCAAGAUUCCUCUUCCUCAAAGAGUGCAAAAGGAACAACACCUGCUAAAGAAACACCGCCUAAAACACCUCUCAAUCGCCCUUCUAGUCCAUCAGCUGUUGACAGGAAGAAUCGGAGCAUGAAGCAGGAGUCUUCAUCUCCAAGAAAUGUGAAAAGGACACUCGAUAAUGAAACAACACCGAAAACAGUUUCCAGUUGUCCUCCAAGUCCUUCUGCGUUUACCAAGUCAAAUCACUGCACAAAGGAAGGGUCCUCUUCCACUAUCAGUGGAAAGGGAAUAAAUGAAAGUAAAUCAUCAAGUAAGACCCCUUCAAAACCUUCCCCAAAAGCAACAGCACAAGCAUCUAAGAGACCAUCUUCGCCAGUGACUAGAAAGAGGAAUACGAAGUCGCCUCAGGUUACAAGAAAAGCUAGUAUAAAUUCAGAGUUCACUGAAAAGAAAGACGUUACUACCACGGUGCCUAAUACGCCGAAAGACCAGGGAGCGCCAAGGAGACAUUCAUUGAUAUCUAAUAUGGAGGAAAUACCUAAGGAUAACAGUGAUAGAGCUCUUGAAGGCAUUGCGCCAAAUGUCGAGACGUCAAAAACAACUAAUAUUGAGGAGAACGUGACCUCGGUUCCUAAGAAGCAGGUUAUGGAAAUGGAAGAGAAGCCAAUAAUUGAACGAGUUAGUAAAGAAGUAAAAGAUCGCAAACCUGAGAAAGUCAAGGUAUCUAUAGCAGACGUAUCUAAGGUUACUCCCAUCGAAAAUAUACAAGAGAGACCGCGAGAACGCAAGACAUAUGUGAAUGUUAUAAGGCGUCCACUAUCUUCAUCUCUCGUAAUCACCGUCCCGGCUUCUUCCCCCGAGAAAGAGAAAGAAGAUCAACGUAAGCAAGACAAACAUUUCUUUUCUUCAGGGAUUAAUCAAGAAGAAGUUUCUUUGACGAAAAAGAAGGAAGAAAAAUCGAACGCUCUUUCAUUAGACAACUCAACAGACAAAUCUAGGUACCAAGAACUUGGCAAGAAACAAAUGAACGUCGAUCAAAAUCUUGAUCAAGGUAUUGAAAGAGAACUUGACAGCUUUGGAUCACUCCUUGAAGAAUUUGAGAAUUCUCCUCUACAAAUCAAGAGCAGCACGAAUAAUGAUAAUUUAGAGCAAAUAAAGGCGCAAGAUAAUAACGAAAGUAGAACAUUGAAUGAUGCAAUACCAACGGAAAAAAGAUUUGCAGCGUUAAGUGAGCGGUACAACGCGAUCAUGUCCAAGUUUGGAAUGUUGAAUGAAACUCCAUCGAGUGAAAGGCCUACUGUUGCGACCACAUCACCGACAACAACCGUAGUCGCAUCGCCAGUACCUGAUAACAAAUCCAGCCAAAAACUUGGGGUCAGCUUAACGGUACAUGAAAAUACGAACAAAGCUAGAAGAUCCGUCCUACCACUGUCUGAGGAUAGAGUCAGUAAAGUUGUAGCCGGCUCAUCAGUAACUGAGAAAAACGGGAUUAAAGUUGGGAUGACAUUGGAAAAACCCGAGUAUAAGGUCAAAAGUUGUGAAGUUAGUAUACCAGAAUCUAUAAAUACCAUCAGCAAUGAAGAGGAUUGUUCACCAGUACUCGUGGAAAAGUCGGUUGGGGCCAGUUUUCCAGUUGAACCAAGUUUACCUCUAUCCGAGAACAAAGCCACUUCAGCAGUCGUAUCUAAGGAUAAUAUCAGGAAAGAUGAGAUAAUGUUGCCAGUUAAUGAGGUCAACAGGGUUAAUACACCGGUACCUGAUGCUGGAGUCAGGAAAGGGGAAGUAAGCACACCAUAUUUUGAUAACAUAGUCAGGAAUAAUGGCGACAGCUUACAAGUGUCCGAGGAUAAACUUAGCAAGCGCACUACAACCACAAGUGAUAUCGACUUGCUUCAUUCAUCUUUUGAUGGCAAACAGACAAAAACAUCACUGGACACACCUUUUUCGGAAGAAAAUAAAGAAAAAUCAAAAUCAAAAUCUUCGACUCCAAUAUUAAUGUCUGAAUUACCUACAUUUGGGAGCUAUUCUACACCAUCAGUGCCAAUAAAAGUUGCUGUUGCAAAGCUAUCGCCUCUUUCCAGUUGUCAAGACGCAAGUUACCUUUCUAUCAUUUCAAAAGUCGACAAGGAGAAAGAUCAAAAAAAGGAGAACGAGGGAGCAGAAAAUCUCAAGGCUACUCUUAUGAAAGUAGAGGGAAAAUCCGUUAUUCUACAAGGAAAGGUUCCUUAUAUCAAACAAAAUGUGCAGUCCCUAAUAAGGCCUGUGGAAGAUCCUUUGAUGCCCACAGCGAGCCACGAUGAUGAAGAAACGUCUGCUUUAGCAACUGAUGAAACCUUUGGUGCUUUAUCUGAGAACACGAAGAACAGCUAUGAACUUUGUAGAACAACUGUAAUAGCACGUCUGAUUGAUCGCAAACUUGGUCCAAGACGAAAAACGAGCAUUGUGCCAACAUUUGCCGCCAGAACGUCUAAAGUUUUUGAUGACUCGGAGGCAGGGAUGAAAGGGAUUCCAUUCACCAUGCGGCACUUCAACAGAUAUCGCGAUUACAUCGAAAGAGUAACCUUGAAAUCUACUGUUAGAACAGAGGCCUUGUCCAUUCAUGAUAUUCUACACAAUCUAGAUACUUCGUUAAUGGAGAUGGAGCUGGUAUCGCUGUGCAGAGAAUGUACCAAAACACUGAGGACACUUGACGCUUUGGGAAGCUUACCUUCGUAUUUGUCACCUAACACAGUCAUCGUCAACCCAAGUGGAACGAUCAAAUUCAGGCAUCUCAGCACAGAUGUAACCAUAGAUGAGCUCUUUUUGGCGCCAGAACACACCAAGAAAUUCUCUUCUGAAAAGAUUUCAACAAAAACUCGUGCUCGAGUUGAAAUAAGUAAUUUUAGCGACGUGACAUUUUAUGGUUUCUUUGUUCAUUCGGUAAUCAAAGAAAGCAAACAAUAG